GCAGCACUUCUCGCGCAUGCGCAGUGGGCACCCGGCUGUCAAAGUCGGGUGCCCACAGUCUGUCAAAUUCAGGUACCCGCUCCCCUUCUCUCCCUAAAGGUCCGCAGUGUCUGGUCAUGCCCUGUACUGUCUGCAGUCUCUGGUCAUCUGUACUGUCCGCAGUCUCUGGUCAUCUCCUGUACUGUCCGCAGUCUCUGUUCAUCUCCUGUACUGUCCGCAGUCUCUGUUCAUCCCCUAUACUGUCCGCAGUCUCUGGUCAUCCCCUAUACUGUCCGCAGUCUCUGGUCAUCCCCUGUACUGUCCGCAGUCUCUGGUCAUCCCCUAUACUGUCCGCAGUCUCUGGUCAUCUCCUGUACUGUGUCCACAGUCUCUGGUCCAUCUCCUGUACUAUGUCUGCAGUCUCUGGUCAUUCCCUGUACUGUCUGCAGUCUUUGGUUUUUCACAUUGCCGUGGCCCACUCUUCUUUGCAGAAUUGUU